GAGGUAGAGAGAGAGAGAGAGAGUGAUCAAGCAAAAGUUAUUUCUGUUUCUUCCCUUCUUCAAACAAAAAAAAAAAAAACGGAAAGAUCAAAAGCAAGGAUCACUCUUCCCUCUUCCAUCUCUAACCAAAAUUCUCUCUCACAAAUGCUCUAUUUCUCUCUCUUCUAUACUAGAUCUGUACAAAUUCCCCAACAAUUUUCCCAUUUAAUUUUCAUUUCCCAGAAGAUAAGAAAACCCUAGUCUUUUUUCUUUCGAGCUCUGUCCCUCUCUCUCUCUCUGUAUGAUACCCCUGAACUCUCAGAUUUUUCUUCUCACAGGUUUAGUUUCGUAGUAUUCACUGUACAUUCUUUCCGUAGAUUAGAAAAAUAGAAAUUCGUGGGUUUUAGUUUUUAGGGUUUUGAAUCGGCGAAAAUGAACAACAAUAGAGCGAGGUAUCCACCUGGGAUUGGGAUUGGACGAGGAGGUUUGAAUCCGAACCCGAAUCCGAAUCCGAACCCGAACCAUCCGUUUCACCCUAGGCCCUCUUACCAGCACCACCAGCAACAGCACCACCAGCAACAGCACCAGCAACAGCACCAGCAACAGCAGCAGCAACAACAACAACAGCAACACUAUGUGCAGCGGCAUUUGGUGCAGCAACAGCAACAGUGGUUGAGAAGGGCGCAGUUGGGUGUUGCUGACACCAACGUUGUUGACGAGGUUGAGAAGACUGUGCAAUCCGAAGCCGUUGACACGAGUUCACAAGAUUGGAAGGCAAGACUAAAGAUUCCAGCACCCGAUACACGCUAUAGGACAGAGGAUGUUACAGCAACUAAAGGAAAUGAAUUUGAGGAUUACUUUUUGAAGCGUGAGCUGCUCAUGGGAAUAUAUGAGAAGGGUUUUGAAAGGCCUUCUCCUAUCCAAGAAGAAAGCAUUCCAAUUGCUCUUACUGGUAGUGACAUUCUUGCUAGGGCUAAAAAUGGAACUGGCAAAACAGCUGCAUUUUGUAUUCCUGCAUUGGAAAAAAUUGAUCAGGAUAGUAAUGUUAUUCAAGUUGUUAUACUGGUCCCAACUCGAGAAUUGGCUUUGCAAACAUCUCAAGUGUGUAAAGAGCUUGGAAAACAUUUGAAAAUUCAAGUUAUGGUUACAACAGGUGGUACCAGCCUGAAAGAUGAUAUAAUGCGCUUAUAUCAACCAGUUCAUUUACUAGUUGGAACUCCAGGAAGAAUAUUAGAUCUUGCUAAGAAGGGUGUUUGUAUUCUGAAAGAUUGUUCUAUGCUUGUUAUGGAUGAGGCUGAUAAGCUUCUGUCUCCUGAGUUCCAACCUUCCAUACAGCAGCUGAUUCAUUUUCUUCCUACAAAUCGUCAAAUCCUGAUGUUUUCAGCAACAUUUCCUGUUACUGUAAAGGACUUCAAAGAUAGGUAUCUUCAUAAACCAUAUGUCAUCAACCUCAUGGAUGAGCUAACUCUGAAGGGUAUUACACAAUUUUAUGCAUUUGUGGAAGAGAGACAGAAAGUCCACUGCCUAAAUACUCUAUUUUCCAAGCUGCAAAUAAACCAGUCGAUCAUCUUCUGCAAUUCAGUGAAUCGGGUUGAACUACUUGCCAAGAAAAUCACAGAACUUGGGUAUUCAUGUUUCUAUAUUCAUGCAAAGAUGUUGCAAGACCAUCGUAAUAGAGUAUUUCAUGACUUCCGCAAUGGUGCAUGCCGAAAUCUUGUUUGUACUGAUCUUUUUACUAGGGGAAUAGACAUCCAAGCAGUUAAUGUUGUUAUUAAUUUUGAUUUUCCCAAGAACUCAGAAACUUAUUUGCACAGGGUUGGUCGUUCUGGGAGGUUUGGACACCUUGGUUUAGCAGUGAACUUGAUCACUUAUGAGGAUCGCUUUAAUUUAUAUAGGAUUGAACAAGAACUUGGCACUGAAAUAAAGCAAAUUCCACCAUUCAUUGAUCAGGCAAUUUAUUGCCGGUGACUGGUGGUAAAUACCAGGGUUGUGUUUACAACUGUGGCGAAUAGAAAUGGUUGAUGCAACUGUCACUCAAGCAAGGUGCAUAUGCCCUGGCAUGAGAAGAUGCACUAUGGAAAUGGGGUAUUGUUGGACCCUUGUUGAGUGUUUUUUCAUUAAUUUCUGGUUUUUAGAGCCCUGAAACAUUACUAGGACCUUCAGAAAGUUUAAUAUUGGCUUUUAACUGCCAGAUAAUAGCUGGGUCCAGUUUGGGUUUCCGUUGAUUACGUUUGCAGAUGUGUUUGUUACUACCUGUUAUUAGUACUAUGGUUUUUUAAUUGAAUGGUUUAGGGAUAAUAUACCUUUUUAUCAAUAUGUCGUUUCAUAUGCUAGUAUACUAUUUCGGUCUGUCAUUAUGGUUUCUCGUAUAGAUUAGACUCUUGUAGUAAUCUCAACAUGGUUCAUGGAGAUGCUGGUUUAUUGACUAUUUCUUUUGGCCAGGAUUUUGAUAUGACCAUUCCCAGUUGAAGGUGUUGAUUUUUUAUUUUAUUUGUUUUUGUUGGGGUGGGGGUUGGAUAGACUCAUUGUAAUCCACACCAUUUGUUGAGGAUAUGCUUGGUAGCUUCUGAUGUUCAUGGAUGUAUUUUCAUAGUAGCAGCGCUGGGAGAAUGCGGGACAUUUCCAAGGGUCAAUUCAUUACUUUUCACUUGGUUCCUUUUUAUAAAGGGAAAUCCUUUUUAGUUGGUUAACAAUUCAUCGCUAGCGUUGCAAA